AUGUGCUUGAAUCAUGCUAAACCAUCCUUCUCACCUCUGGCCUAUGGAAAAACUAUCUUGCAUGUCCCUGGUGCCAAAAAGGUUGGGGACCACUGCUAUAAUACAGAACCUGCUCUAGCUCCAUCAUUCACACCCAUGUCUUCUCAUCAGCCCAGUUAUUUACUCUUCUUCAAAACUGUGCUGUGGGUGUGGCUUGGAGUUCUCCCCCAGAAAUCUCCACCACGUCCAUGGCCAUCACUAAUUGGUGGGAAAGAAUUAACCCUCUAUCUUUUAGACAAUCCUUCUCUCCCCCUCCCCUGCCCUCCCCUGGGUGAGGUCUCAGGCUCCCUGUCUUUCUCUUCCUGCCCUGCACAGCUGGCCUGCCAGAAGCGGCCCUCUGGACACCUGGUAUCUGUGCUGAGUGCAUCUGAGGGAUCUUUCGUGUCCUCCCUGGUCAGGAGCACUGCGAACAGCAACUCAUACGUCUGGAUUGGGCUGCACGACCCCACGCAGGGAGCUGAGCCAAAUGGAGAUGGAUGGGAAUGGAGCAGCUUUGAUGUGCUCAACUACUUUGCCUGGGAGAGAAAUCCUCCUUCCACCCCAAAUCCUGGAUACUGUGGGAGCGUGUCCAGAAGCACAGGAUUUCUAAAGUGGAAAGAUUAUAACUGUGAUAUAAAGUUACCGUAUGUCUGCAAGUUCAAGGACUAGGCCAACUGGGAAGUUGGGAGCCUGAGAUUGGUGCGCACCUCAUCAAGGACAGGGGGCCAGUGUAAAGACCCACCUUGGAAGGAAAUAUUCUUCAUGUAACUCUCAAACCUGAGCACCUCAAUUCUGAUUUUCCCUUCUCUUCCCUCCUUAUCAACUUCAUUCAGACUUUUCUAUGUGUUCCAUGGCCUGAGUCUCAGAAUAAUAAUAAAAUAUUUGUUUACGCUUA